GAAACACAGUCAUUAACUGCCCGAAAGAUGCUUUCAAAUCUCAUUAACCUACGAAAGCACAGCAUGAAUGAACCUUCUUUUAUUCUCUCUUUUUAGGGAGAAGAAAAGAAGGAGAGUAGUGGAGCUGACUGAGAAGAUGGUGGUGGAUGGAGGCAAUGGAGGCAGCUGUGAGUGGGAUGGGCGAUGGAACCAUAUCAAAAAGUUUCUGGAAAGAUCAGGGCCUUUCACGCAUCCUGACUUUGAAGCAAGCACAGAGUCACUGCAGUUUAUGUUAGAAACCUGCAGAAUCCUGGUGAUUGGUGCUGGUGGUCUUGGAUGUGAGCUGCUGAAAGACCUGGCUUUAUCAGGCAUCCGCAACAUCCAUGUUGUCGACAUGGACACCAUUGAUGUUUCCAAUCUGAAUCGCCAGUUCCUUUUCAGACCAAAAGAUGUAGGUCGACCCAAGGCGGAUGUUGCAGCUGAUUUUAUUAACAGCCGAAUACCUGGAUGCUGUGUUGUACCACAUUUUAACAAAAUCCAAGACCUGGAUGAAACAUUCUACAGACAAUUCCACAUAAUUGUCUGUGGACUGGACUCUGUAGUUGCCAGGAGGUGGAUGAAUGGUAUGCUGCUUUCUUUACUGGUGUAUGAGGAUGGUGUCUUGGAUCCAGGUUCCAUCAUUCCUUUAAUUGAUGGAGGGACUGAAGGCUUUAAAGGCAAUGCCAGAGUCAUCCUCCCUGGAAUGACUGCCUGCAUCGACUGCACCCUUGAGCUUUAUCCUCCUCAGAUCAACUUCCCCAUGUGUACAAUAGCCUCCAUGCCUCGUUUGCCUGAACAUUGCAUUGAGUAUGUCCGGAUGCUGCUGUGGCCCAAAGAGACACCCUUCGGAGACGGUGUGGCCCUGGAUGGAGACGACCCAGAACACAUUCAGUGGGUGUAUCAGAGAUCUCUUGAGAGGGCAGCAGAGUUCAACAUAACAGGAGUCACAUACAGACUAACCCAGGGUGUUGUUAAAAGGAUAAUCCCUGCUGUAGCUUCUACAAAUGCUGUUAUUGCUGCUGCUUGCGCAACCGAGGUUUUCAAAAUAGCAUCAAGUGCCUAUAUGCCUCUCAAUAACUACAUGGUCUUCAAUGAUGUUGACGGCCUGUACACGUACACUUUUGAGGCAGAACGGAAGGAAAACUGUUCAGCCUGCAGCCAAGUACCUCUGGACUUGCACUUUGCUCCAUCUUCCAAACUCCAGGAAGUGCUUGACUACCUGACUGAGAGGGCUUCCCUACAAAUGAAAUCACCUGCUAUAACAGCAACAGUGGAAGGAAAGAACAAAACAUUAUAUUUACAGUCUGUCGCUUCUAUUGAACAGAGGACUCGACCAAAUCUCUCCAAAACUCUGAAAGAUUUUUUUUCCAGAGCUAGGGCUGACUGAUGGACAAGAGCUGGCUGUAGCUGAUGUCACCACACCACAGACCAUGUUGUUCAGACUUUGCUUUACCUCAUAGGAAGAACUCAAGCACUCCCACGACCAGCUGAUGUCAUUUGUGUUUCUUGGCCAACUAUGACUGGAUGCAGAAUGUUGAAAAUGGCCUAAAAACUGGAGCAGUUUACAGUGUAUUCAGUCACAGUAUAAAUGAUAAUACAUUAGCUAAUUUUAUUGUUUUAAUGUACUUAUUGACUAAAGUUAAUGUUUUGCACUGAAAAGCCAAAUCAUAGUUCACACCUUGUCAUGUUUUGGUGGUACAGCAUCUGCAGGUGUUAGGGAUUUCUGCAUUAAUGUGCUAUCUGCACUACAACUUAAAGUGUGCUCUGUGCAAACAAAGAGACAACCAGUGGUUACUUUGGAAAAUAUUAUUCUGUACUUCUGUUCUGGUUUUCAAUAUUUUCAAUAUUUAUUUAUUCCAACACAUUUUUUAGUUGCAGUAACCACUGAAGUGACAAUGAAGAGACACUGAUAAUGAUGUGUGAACUGGAAUAAAAUGUUUUUUUUCUUACAUA